GUUUGGUUUCUCGGAAAAAGGAAGGAGGGAGAGAUAUCGAUGGGGAGGAGGAGGAGUUCGCCGGCGAGCGAGGCGGUUGCAUGGCUGAAGAGGCGGUCUAUGCGGCUGAAGAUUUGUCUUGGGGCGGCGCUUGCUCUUUGUGCUUUGGUCGUUUUGAAGCUUACCGUUCACAAUAGCAACCACUUUUUCAUGGGCUCCGAAUCCGUCCAUGCCGUCGGACUCUUCGUCUUGAUUUACAAGCUCACCACCAAAAAGACAUGCUCCGGCCUCUCAUUAAAGACUCAAGAACUCACAGCUCUGUUCUUAUUUACAAGAUUCAUUUGUAGUGCAUCGUGGGAGAGUAACAUUCACUCUGUACUAUAUUUUAUCACUCUCAUGUCAACGGCAUGGGUUAUAUACAUGAUCCGGUUCAAGUUGAAGUCCACCUACAUCAAGGAGCUUGACACCUUGCCCUUAUAUUAUUUGGUGCCGAUUAUUGUUCUUGCCUUCUUCGUCCACCCUUACAUGGAACAAGGUUUCUUGUUUCGAGUCUUGUGGGCACUUAGUGUGUAUACAGAAGCUCUUUCUGUGCUGCCUCAGCUCUGUUUCAUGAGGAAUGCAAAGAUGAUUGAACCAUUUACAGCCCAUUAUGUGUUUGCAUUGGGAGUUUCAAGAUUCUUGGCAUGUGCUUAUUGGAUAAUUGAGAUUUACAAGACAGGUGGUAGGUAUUUUUAUCUGUUUGUCAGCGGGUACUUUUGGUUCGUGGCUGCUUUCAUUUCAGAAAUUAUCCAAACAUUCAUCUUGGCUGACUUUUGUUACUAUUACAUCAAGAGUUGCAUUGAAGGACAACUUAUAAUGAGGAUGCCAGUUUAGAAUUAGUCAGGCUUUGGAGACCAUAAGUGUUCAAAUUUUGACUUUUAAUGUCUUUUCUUCCUUACUAUAUUGGGGUUUUAUAAAGGUUGAUUUGGUUACAUUACAUAAGGGUUUUUUAAAAAAUCCUU